AUGGACGUCAACACAUUUCCAUAUGAGCUUCUAUCCAUCAUCAAUUCGUAUGCAGCGGAUUGGGUUGGCUUUGAAAGUCUUUUGGAAGUCUCUCCACAGUUAAAGGAUCUUUUCAAUGUUGACCCAAACACGAAGGCGGAUCUUGAAGCUGUACGCCUGGUUGAAACGAUCCUUCAGCACAACCCUGUUAUGCGCUACGAAUUGCAUUCCAUAUUUCGAAUGGCUCUAAAACUCCGCCUGCAUUCCACGCCAAAGGUCGGUCUAGCUGAGUUCAUGGCUCAGGAUCAUUCUUUGUCGUUGAUGACCUCCCCUCCUUCGAUCUCCCGAGCCGUGCUCAAGGAGAUGGUAAGCAUUGCGGCCAACAUUCAACGACUUGCGUGCGCCUGUUUGACUACUCUCUUGGAGCGUGUUCGAAAAGUUCAGCCAUGGUGUUGGAAGAAGGCUGUUAGGGAUGGCACAGAGCCAUAUCAGCCGCGUGAGGCUGGCCCACCGUCAUGGAUCGAGGAGUAUCGCGUCUAUCGUGCGCUCUGGCACCUACAGUUGUAUUCUGAUCUUUCAGCCACUGGGGAGCGGCUAAAUUGGCCUCAAUGUGAAAUUGAGGCUUGGUGGUUCGCACGCAUGGGCUGGGAUCAAGUGCCCGUGGUGUUGGGGGAAGAAGUCCGAACCCUAUCAGAAUGCUUGGAAGGUCUAUGCAGAGUCAAUCCAAUUCUUCGCCAUACGAAGGCCAGGGGUCUCAAGUAUGAUAGACAGGAGAAGUAUCUGUUCGAGAUAUGUUUCAUCUCUCGCCUCCCACACUCAUCUCAACUGCGUCGCGAGUUUCAUGUCUGGGCCCCUUCACCUCCGCCUGAGAUCGCCAUUGCCGAGGAUGGCUUUCCCAUGGAUACUUGGGGUCAGGGGGUGGAAUCAAUCCAUUUGAAUCGUAUCUCCGCUAUUUUUCGAGCCUGUCAAGUUCGCACAAGCACCCAUCCCGCUAGGUAUCAAGUCUGCCGGAUUCAAGAUUCCCGUCCAUGGCGAGGACUAGGUAUGCCCAUCUGGGACGCCUGGAGAUGUUACUGCCUAGGCCUAUGCUCGUCUGAUAAUUGCCGCGGACUCCAUCCUGGUCCAAUUCCGACUCCUGACGGAUCACACGUGCCAAAAGGCUGCAUUCCCAUUGCCCGGGGAUCGGAAAUCGAUUACAGGAUUUCGGUUUUCAUCCAUGCCAUGAUGCAGAUGGAAGAUGAAGAAUACAAUUAG